AAAAUGGCGCCGACGUGAUCGAGACCCUGUGUCGCCGAGGCAGUCGCCGCUGCUGGUUGCCGGAGCCACCGAAGGCACCCGAACCAGAGGUCCAGCUGAGGGGAGGAUGGAGGAACCGUCCAAGCCCAGCCCGGACAUGCUAGCCACUGCAGAGUCCAGCUCCAGUGAGCCCGACAAGGAGGUGGCAUCUCCAGAUGUGGUAGCUACAGCCACGCUCUCCUCUGUGGAGGAGCCAGGCCCUAACCCGACACCCAUACCACCAGUGUGGGACCGUGGAGGACCUCCUCAGCAGGUUGCCGCUCCAGCCCCAGACACCUGCCAGCCAGGCUCAACCAGCACAGGUGUGGGGGCCAAUGAGGACCUGUGGUUGCCCAGAAGACGUCUACCACCAGGAAAACAGAUACCCUGCUCUAGCCCUGGCUGCUGCCUCAGUUUCCCCAGUAUUCGUGACCUGGCACAGCAUCUCCGUACCCACUGCCCGCCCACACAAUCACUGGAAGGCAAACUCUUCCGAUGCUCAGCCCUGAGCUGCACUGAGAGUUUCCCCAGCAUGCAGGACCUGGUGGCCCAUGGCAAGCUGCAUUACAAGCCCAACCGCUACUUCAAGUGUGAGAAUUGCCUCCUGCGCUUCCGCACUCACCGCUCCCUCUUCAAGCAUCUGCAUGUUUGUGCAGAGCAUGCUCAGAGCCCAGUCCCACCACCACCCCCUGCCCUAGACAAAGAGCCACCCGUGCCCGAGCACCCCACAGACUCUGACCCUUCAUCUACUCUAAGUCUGCCUUUCCCAUUACUUGAGCCUUUCACCUCUGCCCCCAGUGGGCCCUUCCUUCCCUACUUGAACCCUGCGCCCUUUGGACUGAGUCCCCCGCGACUGCGCCCAUUCCUGGCUGCUGCUCCAGGACCUCCAGCUUCCAGCACUGCCAUCUGGAAAAAGAGUCAAGGUGCUGCUGGAAGUCCCAGAAGACCUCAGGGCGGCUCCGAUGCGCCCUCAGGGUACGUGGCCCCCAGCCACAUCGUGUGGGAACACACACGUGGCUGCUACUCGUGCAUGCAGUGUGACUUCUCCACGGCCUCACGGCCCACCAUGACACUACACCUUCAGUACCACCGCCCCAGCACCCCCACAGACCUGGCGCCGGGGUCGUGCCGACUCCCGGGCGGGUAAGGCUGAGGAAGGCUUGAGCAUGGAGCCUGAGGCAAGA